CUGAUACUUCGUGUAUUCGUGACGGAGCAUAACCUCUAAAAUUCAAUGCUGCCUAUUAGAGGAUUGUUGAAGACACGUUCAUUUUACCUGACAAAAAAUUCCGCAUCAGCAGCUCUAGUCCAGCGGUUUCAAAGUCAUUCUCAAGAACCGUCCGCAAAUACCGGUGGUAUCAAAAUGUCAUUUGAGGUCGAGAAACUUAAAUUCCUCUCGAUGCCAUCAGAGGAGAAGCGAGCAUUGUACAGGAAAACUGCAAAUAAGAAUGUGGUCACAUUGGACCAAAUCCCAACGUGGAUUGAAUAUUGGAAAAGUAACAAAUCACGUAUGAAGAAAUCUACUUGGGAAGAAGUUGGAAUAGUCGAACAUGAUUUGGCAAAAAAAGUUUCACUUUGGAGCGGAGAUAUCACUUCUCUUGAAGUUGAUGUUAUCGUAAAUGCUGCUAAUCGUUCUCUCCAAGGAGGGGGUGGAGUUGAUGGAGCGAUCCACAAAAUGGCUGGUCCAAAACUCAAGCAAGAAUCUACAACAAUGGCACCCUGUGGGGUUGGAGAAGUUAGAUUAACCGGUGCCUAUGCCCUCCCAGCAAAAUAUGUAAUCCACACCGUCGGACCUCAGGAUGAGAAGCCAAAUAUGCUUAGUAAGUGUUACGAGCAGAGCCUUGUACUGGCAGAAAAACAAGGUUUUAAAAGCAUUGCGUUUCCUUGUAUAUCAACCGGCGUUUAUGGCUACCCUCAACAUAAAGCAGCUGCUGUUGCUCUGGGAACAGUAAAAAACUUCUUAGAAGACCACGACAAUGUUAUCAACCGGGUUAUCUUUUGUGUGUUUUUGGACUCAGAUAAGAUGAUUUACGAAGAGUUAUUGCAGAAGUUCUUUGCAUUGGAAUAAAGUGAUGAAUCUGUUGGAAUCAUGGGGUAUGUUAGUCGCUAUUCUAAAGUCAGUGCAUUUGAGAAUAUGAAUUACUUAUUACACUACGCGAUGCAUUUGUAUAAAUUUCAAAGUUUUUCGCAGGAGAUGAAAUGGUUAGAAUAGAUAAGAAUCGAAACGAUAAUUAAUAUAUUUCCGAAAUCUGAUGAGUUGAAUUUCACUAAGAUUCAAAGUACCUUCUUCUCAAGUAUAAAAGAUUUGUGUAUUGUGUUCUGUAUGUUAUAGAUAAUUUAAAUUU